GCGUGCGGAGAGGGAGAUCCAAGAUGGCGGCUGCCGGCGCGGCGACGGUGUCCGUGGAGGAUCUGCUGGCGCGCGCGGAGGAGCGCGAGGCGGAGGAGCAGCGGCGGCGGGGCGUGACGGUGCAGAAGGAGCUGGAGCUGGAGUUCGACGCGGGCAACCUGCUGGCGCUGGACAGGAACCCCGCCCCGCGCGCCGUGGCGUCGGGCAAAGCCGCGGAGUCUGAGCGCGAGGCGGCCCUGCGGUGCCUGGCGCGCGACAACGCGCAGCUGCUGGCGGCCCACCUGUGGGCGCUGCCCUCGGAGCGGUCGGAAGGCGGCGCGGGCCCCGUGGUGGCGCGCCUGCCGGAUCCCGCCACGCGCCUGCCCCGCGAGAAGCCCCUGCCCAAGGCCAAGCCCCUCACGCGGUGGGAGCAGUUCGCCCGCCUCAAGGGGAUCCGCCCCAACAGGAAGAAGCGCGGCUCUCUGGUCUGGGACGAGCAGGCCAAGGAGUGGCGCCGGCGGUGGGGCUACCAGCGCGCGGGGGGCAAGGAGCCCUGGGUGAUGGAGGUGCCCGACUCGGCCCACCCCUCCGAGGACCCCUACGCGCGGAAGAGGAGCGAGAAGCGCGAGCGCGUGGCCCGCAACGAGCUCAACCGCCUCCGCAACCUGGCCCGCGCCCACAAGGCGGAGAUGCACCCCACGGGCAGGCAGGACAAGGCCGAGCUCGCCCGCGCCGCCACCCUCGCCCGCGCCGCCACCGCCUCCAAGGGCCGCUUCCAGCCCCGCCUGCCCCGCGAGGACCCCCACGCGCCUCAGCGCAGCCCCGGGAGGAAGAGGCACUUUCAGCCCCUGCUCGGGGACCUCCAAGCAGAGAAGGCCCGGCAGCUGGAGCUGGCCAAAAGCCUGGGCAGCAAGAAGCCCCUCAUUAACAUCGCCCGCGCCGUCGGGAAGCAGCUCCGGGAGGAGGACGAGGAGGCCAAGGCCCGAGGAGGAGGACGAGGAGGAGGGAAGAAGAAGGGCCAGCGCGGGAAGAGGGCCAGCAAGCAGCAGCAGAGGCCUCGGGGCCCCAAGGGCAAGAAGGCCGCAGGAAGAGGAGGAGGAGGCGGUGGGAAGGGCAGGAGGAAGAAGUGACCGCCAGCACAUGUACUUUUGCUCCCAAAAUAGGAAAACAGUGGCCUUGGGUUUUCUGACCACAAUAAAGACAGUGUCCUGGGA